CCAGACCAGCCCACCGCAACCAACCCAAAAAGGCCCCGAAGGUAACGCCCGAUUCACUACUCGGCCGCGCUCCUGACUGACCCGCGCCGGCCAUGGAUGGGCAUGUCCGGCGGCUGCUGAACCGCGUAUCGAUCGCCCUGUCGGCCGUCGCCACCGCCGCGCUACUGCACCUGUUCCGCCACUCGUCCUCCUCCUGCUUCGCGGGCGGCGGGUCUCCCACAUACGCGUUCCUACCGCUGGUGCCCUUCCCCCGCACCUCCUGCGAUGCCGCGUCGCGCCGCGUCGUCGAUCCCGACCUUCGCCUCGCCAAGCUCCGGACCUCCCCGCGCUGGCGCCUCCGGAGCGCGUCCCUAUCUGCUGCCGUGUUCGUUCCGCUCCGCCGCCGAAGCCUCCUCGGCGACUCCUCCCGCGUCCUAUGCGUCGCCGCGGGAGCGGGGCAGGCCGUGGACGCGCUCCACGCGGCCGGCGUCGGGGACGUUACGGGCGUCGAUAUCGUCGACUUCCUUCCACUCGUACGCCGAGCGGACCCGCACAACCUCCCGUUCUUCGACGGCGCCUUCGACAUUGUGCUCUCCAACGACCCGGGGGCGCUCACCAGCGCGCUCUUCCCGUCCCGCUUCGCUGCCGAGAUCGAGCGCACAACCCGCCGCGGUGGCGCGAUUGCGCUCGCCGUCGACCGGCACAUCGACCUGUCCACCGUCGGUCACAUCUUCAGGAAGUCGCGCAUCGUUGAGGUGAGCAAUGCUACCCUGGAUGGCUCCGUGGUGAACAUCAUCAUCUUGCGAAGUAAAGGAACCAAGUCCCAUUGAUUCAAUUGUCAUUCUUUUCAUGCAGUGUUCGUAUUAUUAUUCUAUUUUAUUAUUUUUAGCUUCGAUCUUAGGAAAAGGAUAUGCGUGAGUAAACUUAUCAAUGCAGGUUCUUUCAAUUUUAUUAUUCGAUUCUUGUCAGAGUUAGUCUUAUCAUAUAUGGUUCGGACAUAGUAUGAAGUUGUAAGUAUAACAACUACAAAAGAUGUAUAAAAACCUCCAAUUCCAACUGAGCACUGCGGACCGAAAAUCAUAUCUUAAACUCUAAAAGCAGAGAAGAUUAUGUCCAAUCUCACAAGUCAGAAUACCCUCCCUUUUCUUGAUUUGCUUGUUUGCUAAAUAUUUUGAUUAUGCUACAUGCGCUACAAGCCUACAAUAAUGGUCUCAUUCAUGUGCCACGGUUUUACUAUUACAUGUUUCCUACACUACAAUAGCCUUAGAUCAAUGCACCUUACAUGCCACCUGUGAGUUUAGCGUUUGGGUUAGGGUCUAGGGCUUCACCGGGCCAGGGGGUAUUAG